UUUCUAUCAGCAAACUGUCAGUGCUGAUCCACUGUGCUUGAUUCACAGAUGUCUCGCCACGAUCCUCAUGCUGGACGACUACAAGAUAAAAGCCAGGAAUGCGUUUGUCCUCGAUUAUUGCCUGGGGAUCAUAAUGUUCUCGCAAGAGAUUGGGUUUAGCGCAGACCAAACUCUUCAGCUGUAUGCUCUGGGCCUGGACAUGCUAGACAUUGUCAAGAUGCAGGGAACGGCUCGUUUGACGAGGCACAGACGGCUUUCCAGGACAAGAUGAUGUUUCUCAGCUGCCGCGAGUGCGGGAACGAGAACCCGUCCUUCACCACUCAAGUGGACGUCCAAAAGGCAACCGAGUUUUUCACCUCAACGUGAGCACAACCUCAAAGUUAGUAUUAUGAACUUCAUGAACGAUAUCUACAGUGCUUUAACGAACAAGAAAACUAAAACUUCAGAAACUUACCAGCCAGGGCUCUCCAGAUUUUUCCAGCACUACUUCCUCUACGCCUACUGCUUUAACAAGGAGCACUGCCAUGUAACAAAGUCAGAGACUGUGCACAUUGAAACAGCUCUGGUCUUACCUUUGUCGGAGUCCUUGAUCACCGAGGAAUACGAAGCUGCCCUCGCAGCAAAGGCAGCAGCGAAGGCAGCAGCUGAAGCGGAAGAGAAAGCCAGACAAGACGCAGCAGCCCAGGCAGCAGCGGAGGCAGCGGCGGCGGCAGAAGCUUUGAGACUGGCCGAAGAGCGUAAGAGAAAGCCAGAGACACUCGAAGAAGCAGUGGAGUUUGUAGUCCGCGAGAAGAUGGAGGUGGCAAAGCAGCAGCUAGCGGAGGAGUAUAGCCAGCGAGAGCAAGCACUCGUACAAAAGUUUCAGGAGCUAUCCCCAGCAGCGGCACCAAAGGCUGAGCCACCGAAGAAGAAGAAAUAGCUAAAACGUUCGAUGAAAAUUAAAACCGAGGAAACAAGUGCAUGAUGCAAAAGUUCUAUUGUAGUACCUGUGCGUCAUU